CUCUCGAUGAUUUGAUGCAACUUUGGUAGUUUGGUUGUUAGAAAAUUAAUUAAUUAGGUUGAUUGCAAUGUCAACUUCGCUCUCUUCCUCCAUUGCUUCAAUUACAUGCUUCAUCCCAAAUCAAUUCAUCUUUAAAGCAAACCCUCUUCACAUUCCACUCUCAAGAUUACAAAAUCUUCUCCAUUAUAGCUAGAGGAAGAUAAUCUCUUUCUCUCAUCUCUGUCGCUAGCCAUGAAGAACAACAAUGGUAGCAACACGAAAUUGAUCCUCCUCCAUCCAUACAUCCAAAAGCAAGGAAGCUCCAAUCGAUUAUGGCUUUUGGCCUUCCUUUCAUUCUUCACCGUAGCCUUCCUUGUCACUCUUAUUUACACUAGAGAAUCUUUCUCCACAAACGCCGCAAUAGCCACUACCACCCCUACCACAACGACCGCCGCCUCCGCCGCACCACUGCCAACAACAGUCAUCAACACCCUUCUCCACUACACGUCCAGAUCCAACGACUCUUUCCACAUGUCCUACACCGAGCUCAAACCGAUCUCCGAUGUCCUCCGAAAAUGUUCCUCUCCCUGCAACUUCCUCAUCUUCGGACUCACACACGAAACGCUCCUCUGGAAGGCACUGAAUCACAACGGCCGUACAGUCUUCAUCGACGAGAAUCGCUACUACGCCGCUUAUUUCGAAGAACUCCACCCGGAAAUCGACGCCUACGACGUGCAGUACACGACCAAGAUAAGCGAGUGGAGAGAACUCAUGGGGUCGGCCAAGGAACAAAUACGGAACGAGUGCCGGCCGGUACAGAAUCUGUUAUUCUCCGAAUGCAAGCUUGGGAUCAACGAUCUGCCCAACCAUGUUUAUGAGGUGGACUGGGAUGUAAUUCUGGUCGAUGGGCCGAGGGGAGAUGGGCCUGAUGGGGCGGGCCGGAUGUCGGCAAUCUUUACUUCUGGCGUGCUGGCGAGAAGUAAGAAGGGAGGGAAUGGGAAGACGCAUGUGUUCGUGCAUGAUUAUUAUAGGAACAUUGAGAGGGCAUAUGGAGAUGAGUUUCUGUGUAGGGAGAACUUGGUGGAACACAAUGAGUUGCUUGCACAUUUUGUGGUGGAAAGAAUGGAUGAGAAUUGCUUCCAAUUCUGUCACAAUAGAACAACUUCACUUUCGUCUUCCUAGUUGUGGAUUCAUCAACAAAACACAAAGGUCCCAAGUUGGUGUAUUUAUGGAAUUUGUUUCUUCUUUCUUUUGGAACUUAUUUUCAGUUGGGUGGGGCUUGUAAACAAUAAUUUUGUUCAUCCUUGGGCAUUGGAAAUAGUGAGCUCAAAGUAAAAAGUUUAAGAUUUUCAAUAGUGAGCUUCAAUUAAAAAGUUUGUGGAUUGAUCAUGG